UAUUGGAUAUUGCAUAAAUGGUUUUUCUUUUUUCUUAUACGGAUGAUAGGGACAAGGACAAGGAGGGUUAACCAAAGUUCCUGCCUGCUCCCAAUUCAUCAAUCGCACCCAAUUCAACUGGAUUGACUUCUUCCUUUCCUUUCCUUGCCUUGCCUUCACCUUGCAUUCAUUGACACAAGAAUACAUUUCCACAUAGAAUUCCGAUGGGUGCAAGCAGCGAUCCCAAUCAAGAUGCUUCCGACGAGCAGCAGAAGCGCUCUGAGAUCUACACCUAUGAAGCCCCAUGGCACAUCUACGCCAUGAACUGGAGCGUCCGCCGUGACAAGAAGUACCGUCUCGCCAUUGCUAGCCUCCUCGAGCAGUAUCCCAAUCGUGUCGAGAUUGUCCAGCUUGAUGACUCCAGCGGCGAGAUCCGCUCCGACCCUAAUCUCUCCUUCGAACAUCCUUACCCUCCUACUAAGACCAUCUUCAUCCCCGACAAGGAGUGCCAACGCCCCGAUCUUCUCGCCACUUCCAGCGACUUUCUCCGCGUUUGGCGUAUCUCUGAUGAUCCUUCUUCUGUUGAGCUCAAGAGUCUUCUUAAUGGCAACAAGAACAGCGAGUUCUGUGGCCCUCUUACCUCCUUUGACUGGAAUGAUGCUGAACCUAAGCGUAUUGGGACUUCCAGUAUCGAUACUACUUGCACUAUUUGGGAUAUUGAGCGGGAAACUGUUGACACCCAACUCAUCGCUCAUGAUAAGGAAGUCUACGACAUUGCUUGGGGCGGUGUUGGCGUAUUUGCUUCCGUUUCCGCCGAUGGUUCUGUCCGGGUCUUCGAUUUGCGCGAUAAGGAGCACUCUACCAUUAUCUACGAGAGCUCCGAGCCUGACACUCCCUUGGUUCGAUUAGGCUGGAACAAGCAGGACCCGAGAUAUAUGGCCACAAUCAUCAUGGACAGCGCCAAAGUUGUCGUGCUUGACAUUCGCUUCCCCACGCUUCCCGUCGUCGAGUUACAGAGACACCAAGCUAGUGUCAACGCCAUUGCUUGGGCUCCGCACAGCUCUUGCCACAUCUGUACUGCAGGGGAUGAUUCUCAGGCCUUGAUUUGGGAUUUGUCGUCCAUGGGGCAACCUGUCGAAGGUGGGCUUGAUCCCAUUCUUGCCUAUACAGCUGGAGCAGAAAUUGAGCAGCUGCAAUGGUCAUCUUCCCAGCCGGACUGGGUUGCGAUUGCCUUUUCGACUAAGCUUCAGAUUCUGAGGGUAUGAUGCAUGUGAGUGAUACCAUGUAACUUUUCAAGUAGUAACACAUAUGGGAUCUUAGUUGUUCUGGCAUGUUCCUUCGUUUUCUUUUCGCAACAACACUUUGGUCACGCUGCUAAUUGUUGUCCAUCCCUGCUCUUAGAAUGCCGAAUGGUUGAUGUAGCCCUACUUUAUCUGUAGCUGUUUGCACUCUAUUCUUUUAACCGAAUUUCCUUUUUGUAUAUGCAGCAACACUUAGCUUUGUUUCUUCACCUACACAGGUAGUCAUGUCUGAGAACCAUCAUGUGUAACUUCGUUGUCUAGUUAAUGUCAACAAGCCAUCCUUUAAUACCUACAGAACCUUCAAAUGAUGCAUACUUUAGUUUUCUUUACAGGGCUUUGUAGAUGGACCUCUCUGUAUGUAGCAAGUUACCAUCUAUAGAAUGAUUCAUUCCUUUAAUGACAUGAUGAUUCAACGUA